AUGCUAACGUGGUACGCUGUGAAGAUCCUUCGAUUGUUGAACACCAACGUCGAUGGCAAGCAAAAGGUCAUGUACGCCUUGACCAAGAUCAAGGGUGUGGGUAGACGCUACUCCAACCUGGUCUGCAAGAAGGCCGAUGUCGACCUGAACAAGCGUGCUGGAGAACUCACCUCCGAAGAGCUUGAGCGAAUUGUCACCAUCAUCCAGAACCCUACCCAGUACAAGAUCCCCACCUGGUUCCUCAACAGACAGCGCGAUAUCGUCGAUGGCAAGGACUCUCAGAUCCUGGCCAACGGUGUCGACUCCAAGCUGCGUGAGGAUCUCGAGCGCCUGAAGAAGAUCCGUGCCCACCGUGGUCUCCGUCACUACUGGGGCCUCCGUGUUCGUGGUCAGCACACCAAGACGACUGGCCGACGAGGCAGGACUGUCGGUGUGUCCAAGAAGAAGGGUGGCUAA